AUGGAGGUUGAGGAAAGGAGAGACGAGGCAGACAAAGGGAGGGGGGAAGCGAGGAAGGAAGGGAGGGAGGAAUCAGCAGCAUGUCAUAAGCCUAGAAAAGGGUUGACUCUUUUCGACUGCUUUAAAAGAGUGGAAGGGGGUGGAGGCUCGAGAAGGGGCGCCAGGCUGAGAGGAGGUGGAGAGUCACGAGCAUUGAGUGAGUCAAGAGAGUCAAGUGGGCGAGAGAAACCGAGAGCAGCUGAGGAAGGGCUGGGAGGAAGAGAGGCCAUUCGAGGGACAGGUGAAGCUGACGGAGCAGCUGACCAAGGACUGGAGUUGAAGCGUGGCACUAUUGGUGGAGGAGCUGGUGUGACAAGGGACAGCGGUGCAGUGGCACGUGAUAAGAGGAGUGUUUUGAGAUGUCUCAAGAAAUCAAGAGCCGCUGAGGAAGAACUGGGAGGAAGAGAGAACGUUCGAGAGCUGCUGGAGGUGAAGUCUGGCACAGUUGGUGGAGGGGCUGGUGUCACAAAGGACAGAGGUGCAGUGGCAGGAGGGAGCAGCAGUGCAGAAGGAGGGAAGGUUGUGGUGAGUGAGGAGGCUGAGAUGGAUGCCUUGCGGCGGCUCUUUCGGCCCGUUGUGAGAGCUGUGUGCUCACCACACUCCCUUGUUUCAGAUGUCCCGCAAGCACCAGCCGUAAAAUUUGUGUGCUCACCGCACUACCUCAGUCAAGAAGUCCCUCAUACAACGGCCGUGAGAGGAUCACACUCUCCUUGCUCUGCAACUGCAGCAAUCGCAGAGUUGCCGCUAGCAACAGCUGCAAAAGCUGUACGCUCACCACAUUCACUUGUUUCCGAGGUCCCUCAUACAACGGCUGUGAGAGACUCGCACCCACCUUGCUCUGCAACUGCAGCAAUCUCAGAGUUGCCGCAAAAAGCUACCGUGGAGGAUGUGGUUGAUCUGACAGGGCAGGAGGAGGAUGGGGAGGGGGAGGACGGUAACGAGAGGGUGGAUGGUGGAGACAAGGGAAGUUUGGGAAGCAAGGGAGGUUCAGAUAGCAAGGGAGGGUUGGAAGGCAAGGGAGGUUCGGAUAGCAAGGGAGGGUUGGAAGGCAAGGGAGGUUCGGGAGGCAAGGGAGGUUUGGGAAGCAAGGGAGGGUCGGGAAGCAAGGGAGCGGAUGAGGUGCGGAGGGCAGUGGGCAGGGAGGUGAGGCUUGGGGAGGACGUGGAUGAUGACGUGGCAGGUUUGGCAGAUGUGGCAGAUGUGGCAUGUGAUAAGGAGGAGGAGGAAGAUACUGCUCCAGAGAUGGGAGGAGUUGCAGGAGGAGGUGAGAGCAGGGCCUUAGACUCUUCGGUGGGAGGGAGUGCACGUGAGAGUGGAGACCGUGUGGGGUUAAGACUAGAAGCAGCAAUAGGCGGGGUUUUCUUCGACGCAUAUGCACACAACAAGUCAGGUAGUAGGUCGCUCCACAAACGAGGUGACAAGCAUGGGAGGUUGAAAAAUGGGAAGGUGAAGGUGAAGAUGCAAGUACAGAGGGAGCCGUCAAUGGCUCCAAGGGAGCUUGGUGAAGCUGUGAUGCCUGCUACAGGUGGGGUUGAUGUGGGUGGGGUUGAUGUGGGUGGGGUUGAUGUGGGUGGGGUUGAUGUGGGUGGGGUUGGUGUGGGUGGGGUUGAUGUGGGUGUGGUUGAUGUGGGUGGGGUUGGUGUGGGUGGGGUUGAUGUGGGUGUGGUUGAUGCGGGUGGGGUUGGUGUGGGUGGGGUUGAUGUGGGUGUGGUUGAUGCGGGUGGGGUUGGUGUGGGUGGGGUUGGUGUGGGUGUGGUUGAUGUGGGUGUGGUUGAUGUGGGUGGGGUUGGUGUGGGUGGGGUGAAUGUGGGUGUGGUUGAUGUGGGUGGGGUUGGUGUGGGUGGGGUUGAUGUGGGUGUGGUUGAUGUGGGUGGGGUUGGUGUGGGUGGGGUUGAUGUGGGUGUGGUUGAUGUGGGUGGGGUUGAUGUGGGUGUGGUUGAUGUGGGUGGGGUUGGUGUGGGUGGGGUUGAUGUGGGUGUGGUUGAUGUGGGUGGGGUUGGUGUGGGUGGGGUUGAUGUGGGUGUGGUUGAUGUGGGUGGGGUUGGUGUGGGUGGGGUUGAUGUGGGUGUGGUUGAUGUGGGUGGGGUUGAUGUGGGUGUGGUUGAUGUGGGUGGGGUUGGUGUGGGUGGGGUUGAUGUGGGUGGGGUUGAUGUGGGUGGGGUUGGUGUGGGUGGGGUUGAUGUGGGUGUGGUUGAUGUGGGUGGGGUUGAUGUGGGUGUGGUUGAUGUGGGUGGGGUUGGUGUGGGUGGGGUUGGUGUGGGUGGGGUUGAUGUGGGUGGGGUUGAUGUGGGUGUGGUUGAUGUGGGUGGGGUUGGUGUGGGUGGGGUUGAUGUGGGUGGGGUUGAUGUGGGCGGGGUCGAUGCUGGAAGAAUAAGGAGCGUUGAGAGACAAGGGGAGCCCAAAGCGUUGAAGGUGUUGCAAAAACAUUUAACUUCUGACAGAAAGACUGCUGUUUCAGGAGCAGCCAAGAAGCGGAAUGUCACUAGGAAGGCUGGAUCGCAGGCAGGGAAGACAGAUGCUGAUUGUGGAGGGAAAACAUCUGUCGCGCAUCAAGGUGGGAUGAGUGCUUGUGAGUCGAAUGAGUUGGCGUCUGAUUUUGCUGUUGAAAGGUUGGACUUGCAUAGAGUUGCUGCCUCAGAGGCAGCACUUGUUGAUAAGGCUAACCCUGUGAUUGUUGGGCAGGUUAGAGAAGAUCCAAGCUGUGAUGGGCUUAUGAAGAUGUGGAACGAUAUUGCCAAAAUAACAAGAGGAUCAUAUGUUUGA